AUGACAAUAGCAAAAUGCCACAAGCUGCCGCCGCUCCCUACCGCCUGCCUGUCCCCGGUGAAGUUGACCUAUAUUCCGAAUUACCCGAAGCGUGACGUGUGCAGCAACAACGUCGUCCCAUCGGUGGGUGGUGCUGUUAGUGCUAUAUGCUUCUUCACCAUCCUCGUCUUUGCCCUCACCUAUUUGCUGAUCCCGAGCCGGCCGAAUUUUUUGUAUGGGCUGAGCACGGACCGCGUCAACCAGUUCCACGAGAUUUACGACAACAUGAACCAGACCGAGGCCCAAAUGGAGGGGAGGAUCAUGGCCUGGGCCGCCGAUUUGCCCGCCGGGAAUAAUGACACCUUCCUGAAAUGGCACGACGAGAGGGCGUUCGUGCUUCAGGAGAAUCGAAUCUUUCACGAGCAGCAGAGAAAAUUUAUCGAAAACCCUGUGGCACAGGCCAUCGAUCGACAAAUGCUUCAGAUAAUGGACAGCCCGACGAUGACGAUCGCCGAGAAGAACGAGGAAUUAACCACCCUCAUUGAUGAGGGGCGAAUCACGAGCCCGUUUGCCAUCGUCGAGCUCGAGCAGUCCUUCCUAAUCUAUUUCGGUAAAAUCCUGUGCUUCUACGGCCCGACGCGAUUAACCUGUGACCACAUGAAAUUCGGAAGGUCA